AUGGUGAGUGAAAAAGGAGAGAAGGUUAUUGAAAAGAGAGGAUUGAAGGAUGAGAUGGGCAAGAAAAGGAUGGAAGAUGAUUUUAGAGUUGGUCGGGUGAUUGGAAAAGGAACCUCUGGUGUUGUCCGGGUUUGUCAUGAUAGAAUCAGGAAGCGUUGCUUUGCCUGCAAAUCAGUGGCGAAGAUCGUAGCCUAUCGCAUCCAUGAAGAAAUAGAAAUAAUGCAGCACCUAUCUGGUCAUCCAGGUGUGGUGACACUACUAGCUGUCUACGAGGAUGCCAAUUCUUUUCAUCUAAUCAUGGAGAUGUGCGAUGGGAGUUCCUUGUUGGAUGACCUCCAUAAUAGAAGAUUCAAGUCAGAGAGAGAUAUUGCCGCAGUGAUAAAGGAGAUUGUAUCCUCGUUGAAGUAUUGCCAUGAAUCGGGAGUCAUCCACGGUGACAUCAAGCCGGAUAACAUACUUCGAACUAGGUCAGGAAGGUUAAAGAUUGCAGACUUUGGUUUCGCUCUGAGGACGUUGAAAGGUAAAGAAUUAUAUCCAGCAGGUGGGACUCCUCAUUUUAUGGCCCCAGAGGUAUUACAACGAAGGGUUACAGAGAAAUCCGAUAUAUGGGCUGUCGGUGUCGUCUUGCACAAGUUUUUGGUUCACCAUGAACCGUUCGACGGGAAGUCUUGCCAAGACGUAUUUGAUGCGAUCAGAACAGUAGAGAUAGAUUUCAAUGAUGAGAAGUGGAUGUGCGUCUCGGAUUCUGCAAAAGAUCUGCUGAAGAAAAUGCUAAACAAGGAUGUUUCUCAACGAUUAACUGCAGUAGAAGUUCUAAGUCAUCCAUGGUUACAAGAAGAGGAAAGCAUAAUUGACUCCUUAGCCCAGGAAAUAUUGGGCUUGUGUCUUUGA